GACCUAGCAUACCGAAAUAGCUGCAUAUGUGUUAGUAAUUCUGAGUAGGCCUUCGAACCCUUGACGUUUUCCCAAUUUGCAGGCCCAAUUCUGUCGUACCGGUUUAAAGUUCGCCGUAUGAGUUCGUUUAUGUAAGCUUUAUCAAUAAUCACAGAUGUGAUAACCUUGCUCCGAUCAACUAAUAAUCGAGCAGGAUCUGAAUUCAUUACACAAGUCUACCCGGGUUCGUCAAGGUAUAGGCCUACUAGUACUACUUAAUACGCGUACGUAUACUUAGUAACUUCUACAGAAUUCAGAAAAAGAAGACAAGAUGUUCAAGACACUUGCAUCCCGAAUGUUCACUACACCGGAAGAGCCAAAAUACAAGGUCAUCGAUCCUCCUGAGGGUUCAAAAGAACGCGAUCGGGGCUUUGAAGAGCGUGAAUAUGAGCCAUGCAUGUGGGCCGUUGUCGACGCCACCGGCGAUACCGCAAAAGAAGCGACAACUGCUGGAUUUCGUCAGCUGCUGAAAUACAUAUCUGGAACCAAUAAAGAAGGCGCGACCGUACCGAUGUCAGCUCCGGUCAUGGUGUUCCAUCAACCUGGCGAAGACGAAAGCUGGAAAUCCUUCAAGAAGGAGGUCAAAGUUGGUUUCAUGAUUUCCACUGACAAGAGGGAGAACCCGCCCACGCCAAACGAUGACACGCCCAUCACGUUCAGGAAAACGCCCACAACUCGUGUAUACGUCAGGAAAUACGGAGGUUUCUCCAAGGAGGAAAUAGCCUUAGCCGAAGUGGCCAACCUACGCGAUGCCCUGGGAACCAAGCACAAAUACAUGAAUAGCUUCUGUUAUUUCUGCGGCUACGACAGCCCGAUGACCAUGUUCGGCAGACGAAACGAGAUCUGGUUCCUCAAGGAAACUAGCGAGGCAGAGAUAUGAGCUUCGUUUAUCACGUCCGAGUCGAAUUAAGAUGCUGGAAAGGAAGUAGGAAAUUCUAAAUGUAAAAUAUAUGUACACCAAUGACGUGUAACAUGCGCACAGUGGACCGAUCCAGUAAGCACCGCCCCAUGGUGUUCUGACCAAUCACAGCCGUGAUUUAGGUCCGACGUGCGUGCA